AUGAGCCUCUUAAACCUCCAAGAUGUUGAUCAUCAUCACCAUGAUCAUGAUCAUCAUCAUCAAAAUCAUAUGGAUAGUGGAGGAAGUAUAGUAUCAAGAUCUUAUGAUUGUGUGUUUUGUCAAAGAGGGUUCAACACAGCUCAAGCUCUAGGAGGUCACAUGAAUAUUCAUAGAAAAGAUAGGACUACCACCAAUAAACCUAAUUCUAGCCCUAAUAAAGAGCCUAUUAAUACAAUACUUAACAAUAAAGAAAUGUUAUUAGUGGAUGAUAAUGAUGAUUAUGAUGAUGAUCAAGUUGAUCAAGUUAUUAAUACAAGAUUACUCUACUCCUCUAAGCAAGAUCCCCACCAUAGUAAUGGUGGAACCUCAAGGUUUAAGGGUAAGAUUCAUGGGUUUCUUGGAUCUAAAAAAUGGGGAGAAGAAGAAGAUCAUAUGCAUGAGAAGAGGAAUAUUCAAGAUCAUGAUCUUAGGAAAGAGGGGGAAGAAUUGGACCUUGAGCUUCGUUUAGGUCACUACCCAUGCAAUUCAGGGAGAAGCGGCUUUGAGGUAAUCGUAAGCCUGAGACAUACAAGUAAAUUCGACUGGAAAUAUCUGAAACCACAUUUAUACAGUGUUCCAAACAACUUCAUACAUUCAAGUGUCCUUCCCAUGGCUUUGUAA